AUGGAUAUCGUGACGGAUAUCACAACGUUCAUCUCGAAUACAGAGAAUGGUCCGACGAAACCAACGAUACCUACCCCAUCAACACCUGACAUCACUUCAGGAUCAACCUCAGUUUUCUGUGUUGAACUUCUAAUAUCAAUUAUCACAAUGUCGCUAAACGUAUUGAUUCUACGAGCGUUCCACAUCGAGAAAAGACUGAGGACCUACCCCAACUGGUACAUCCUAAAUAUCACAAUCUCUGACUUAUUGGUCGGGUUCAUCAUGGCGAUUCGUAGUACUUUUGCUCUCUACAACCAAUGGAUAUUUGGUCCAGUGCUCUAUCACUUGUUCGUCGGCGUACAGAACACUGUCCUCGGAGUAUCUGUCCUCGGCAUCAUCGCCAUCUGCGUGGACCGUUAUGUGGCGACAGCCUACCCACUCGAGCACUUCCGACGUCGGAAAAAGAGCAUUGCGAACAUCGCCAAUGGCAUCACCUGGGUGGUGUCCACAGCUUUCUGGAUACCUUUGGUGACGGUCUGGCAUUUGGUGGAACCCACCGAGUUCACGUCCCGUGGCAAAUAUAAGAUGAAUUACAUUGAAAAUAAAUACAUAGUGAAUGCAGUCACAGUCGCCCGGAUAGGUAUACCAUCGUUUCUCAUCAUUGCCUUUUACGUGAGCAUUCACUUUAAGAUAAAAGCUGCUGGUAUCCAACGUCUCUCUGGUACAUUUGGCCAGAGCCGCAAACAUAGUAGAAGCACCGGAAGUGAAGUCACAUAUACGAGUCAAUGCGAUGACCUGCACAUUGAGGCCUCUGUCGCAGAUUUGCGAGGCAACAAAAGAAAAGAUUCACCUAAAGCAACAGCUCUGGCUCAAUUUGAUGUGUCUGUCACUGAUAAGAAGGGGGAGGAACUUGAAGCAAAAGGUCACCAAAAGAUUGAUUUAGACGUUAGAAAGGACCUUGAUGUGGAUGACGAUGUCAUAAACCUUGCGGAGGUUAAUGUCGAAGGCCUUAAAGAUCAAAGCAUUGAUAUUGGAAACCGAAAGGGUGUUGAUGCAAAAUACCAUCAGGAACAUGAUGCUGAAAACCAUGAGGAGGACAGUAUUGAAAACCACAAAGAUGUGGAAGUCAAUCAGGAAGUUGGUAUGAAAGCCAAUUAUGGAAUCGUUGUUCAAGCACAUCAGGAUAAUGACAUCAAAGUCCAUACGGCCAACUCUUUUAAGGAAGGCGUGUCAAUCAUAUCCGAUACAAAUAUCCAUGGCCAACACGCCGACUUCAGAGUAGACCGAUUGACAACAAAUUUGCCAAAGCAAGAUAAACUACAGAUUCCAUCACAGUGCCCAUCAACUGGUGCCAUAUCUUCAAAAUUGUCAGGACCCCAAACCGAUCACAGCAAGCAAAGACGCUUAGCUCCAUCCGACUUCAGCAAAGUAAUGCGCACUUUGACCUUCAUCAUCCUGGCUUUCUUCGUGACCUGGUUGCCAGGCACCAUAAACCUCAUCUUUUUUAAAGUCCCGACGUUUGUUCUAGUAUGUGAUGGGUGA